AUUAAUAACCCUACGUUUUAUCUCGUGUCUCUCUCUCUCUCUCUCUCUCGCUUCUCUGCACGGCCACAACAUUCUUCUUCUCUCAGUCUCAGAAGCACACAAGCGUUACUACAGGUCCACAACCUUCUUCUCCAUCGGUCCAGCCCAAAAACGUCGAAAGCAAUCCCUUCCGACCCGAACCGAUUACACUCCUAGUCGCUCACGCUGAGUCUCAUCUGUGCCACGCGCCUCUUUUCUUCUUCUUCUUCUUCUUCAGAUCCUAUCCUAUUAUUGUCUACUGGUUCGCUGAUUCCUUUCUCUCUCUCUCUCUUCAAAUUUCAUUGUUUUUGUUUUGGUUUAUAUGGGUUUGUAAACCAUAUCAAAGCUUUUGUCUAUCUUAAUUUCAAAUAGCAUUCAACAUAUACAGAUACAGAAAUCAUUUGUUUAUUACUACUCCUAGUGCGGACAAGCAACCUGACAAUGUUUAUUACUAAGCAUCUCUUAUUUCAUUCACAAUUCAAGUGCAUUCCCAGAGUCCCAUUUUCCUCUAGACUAUUUUGCUCUGAAAACCCAUCUAUAAACCACGAUGUUGAGACGGUUUUUCGUAUAAUUAAUAGCUCUCCUUCUUCAAAAAACUUGAAGGAAUCGUUGAAAUCUAGUGGGGUUUUCCUCUCAAAUGAUUUGAUUGAUAAGGUUCUGAAAAGGGUCAGGUUCAGCCAUGGAAAUCCAUUACAUGCAUUAGAGUUUUUUUACUACAGUGGGAAUAGAAGAGGGUUUUACCACACUGCUUUUUCAUUGGAUACAAUGCUUUAUAUACUUGGUAGAGGCCGAAUGUUUGAUAAAAUUUGGGAGGUUUUGAUUGAAAUGCGGCGAAAAGAUUCGUCAUUGAUUUCACCGCGUACUGUUAUGGUUGUUUUAGCUAGAGUUGCCAAGGUUUGUUCAGUUAGACAGACUGUGGAGUCUUUUAGAAAGUUCAAGAAGCUAGUACCGGGGUUUGAUACGGGUUGUUUUAAUGCUUUGUUGAGGACUUUGUGUCAAGAGAAGAGUAUGGGGGAUGCUAGGAAUGUUUAUCAUAGUUUGAAGCAUGAGUUUAGGCCAAAUUUGCAGACUUUUAAUAUAUUGUUGUCGGGGUGGAAGUCCACGGAGGAGGCCGAGGGGUUCUUUGAGGAGAUGAGGGAAAUGGGUGUGAAGCCGGAUGUUGUUUCGUACAAUUGUUUGGUUGAUGUGUAUUGUAAGGGGAGAGAAUUGGACAAGGCGUAUAAGGCGGUUGAGAAGAUGCAGAACGAGGAUAUAAUGCCGGAUGUGAUUACAUAUACUAGUCUUAUUGGAGGGUUGGGGUUGGUUGGUCAGCCGGAUAAGGCUAGAGAUGUUUUGAAGGAAAUGAAGGAGUAUGGGUGUUACCCAGAUGUUGCUUCAUAUAAUGCUGCUAUAAGGAAUUAUUGUAUUGCGAAGAGGCUUGGUGAAGCUUAUAGUUUGAUGGAUGAGAUGGUGAAUAAGGGUUUAAAUCCAAAUGCAACUACUUAUAAUUUGUUCUUUAGGGUUUUCUUUUGGUGGAAUGAUUUGCCAAGUUCAUGGAAUUUGUACCGGAGGAUGAUGGAGACUGGAUGCUUGCCAAAUACACAGUCUUGUAUGUUCCUAAUUAGGUUGUUUAAGAAGCAGGAAAAGGUGGAGAUGGCUGUACAGUUUUGGGAUGACAUGGUGGAGAAGGGUUUUGGGUCUUAUACCUUGGUAUCUGAUGUGUUGUUCGAUUUGCUGUGUGAUAUGGGAAAGUUGGUGGAAGCAGAAAAGUGUUUCUUGCAGAUGGUAGAGAAGGGGCAUAAGCCAAGCCAAGUUUCUUUUAGAAGGAUCAAGGUGCUCAUGGAACUUACAAACAAGCAUGAGGCGCUACAGAACUUGUUAGAGAAAAUGGCCAUUUUUGGGAUGCAUAUUCCUAAAUCUGUAGAUAGCCCAACAGAGACAUUAGAUUUGGACUCAAUUCCAGUAAAUCAUACUUUUGUGACCAAUCUUAGCCCUAGAAAGUGCUAAGAACUGAUGAAGCAGAAGUUGUCAGAUUGAGUCCUUUAAACCAUUUCAAAAAUGCAAAACUCAAUGUUUAGAGAUUCAGCAAUUUAGUUUAUACUGGCCACUUGGUUCUCUUUGUAUUAUACACAAAACUCAUGCAGAGGCAAUUGUUUUCUUGAUCAUUUAACUUGCCUUUUUGCUGAAUUGAUCAUGUAACAAUGUAACGUAACUGAUUUGUUUAUCUUUCAUCUACACGGUUCUUGUUUCCAUUGACAGUGAAAGAAUGCUUUGAAAUUGAACAAGAAAGAGUGAUGAGGAGAUUGGACAGCAACUGAUUAUGCCUAACACCAUUGCUGAUAAUCAAUCGGUUGGCUUUGUAAGGAUACUUAGUUUUGAGUUUACAAAAAUAGGAUGGGGCAACUUCCAAAUGCAGCAUAAAGCCUUAUUUUGGAAUGAGCUUCUCAUCUGACUUGGCCUUGCUAAUCUUCCCCUUACAUCAAACAUGACAGUCUUCAAGAUCUACUAAUCAGUUCUCACUCUUCCAUUCUGAAUUCUCAUUUCAAAGCCACCAAAUAUGGUAAAUCAUAGUUCCACGGGGUUGGUUUUUACAGGGAAAAGAAAAGGCAUCAGUUGUCAAGAGCUCGCACUGAAACCUUGACUGCCUUUUUUCAUCCCAUCUCCAUUUCUGUGGUGGUGUGGCUUUCACUGCUUGAGCAAGAAGGGAACAAACCAUGCUCAUUGGUUUGUCCACUAGACUCACUACUGGCUCCCCCAAUGCCAUCUUCCUGAAUGGCUGGUGUCAUAGUCUGAGCUUCCAUAAGAACUGUAUAGAGUU